AUGGCCCCUACAGAUCAAGAGGCCAUCAAGGCCCUUAGAACCCUCGUCGAAACAGCAACAACCCUCCUCAAACAGCUCCAGUCCGUCCUCACCGAGAUCCAACGAAACCCAUCCUCCUCAUCCACGUCAGAUCCAACCACUCAAGACAUCGACGCCCUAGCUCUCGCCCGCGACUCGUCUUCCCUUAUCCGAGCCCACGGAACAAAGAUUUCUCUUCUCGUCAUCAACGAACCCUUUACGCCGAGUGCUGUAGCCACCGUUAUUCGAGAACUCGUCAAGGGUCCCAUCCCCGGAUUGGCGAGUGCCGCGCAAGCAUGCGAGACGAAGCUUUACACGGCUGUUGUGCGGAAGGAGCUUGCGUAUAGAGCUCAAAGGGUUCUAGCUGAGCUUGAAAAGCUGCUGCAGAAGGUUCCCAAGGAUGGCAAGGUUCUCUCUGGUGGAAACAGAGAUGGCGGAAAGGGCAGUCUCGCUCUAACGGGUAUGCUGUGGUCAGCUUGCGAUGAUGUUAUUGGCUUGGCUACCAUGGGUGUGGGGGGCUUCUUUGUCAAGAAGGCGGAACAAUGGAGAGACACGCUCAAGGAUGUCAUGGAGGAGAUGAAGGAAUGGGGAGACGAGGAACCCGACGACGACGAAGACGAAGAUGAGGUGGACGACCUGGCAGAUCAACUCGGCGACGCCUCCAUCUCAAAGCAAGACAUGCUCGACGACCUCAUGAACUCAGGAGGAACAAUCCCCAGGUCGGACCCCGACAAGAUCCGUCCCCGUCUCGACUCAACUCUCAAACGUCUCCGGAUGGUCGUCCUCCUCUACCAAGCCAUCUCGAAGCGCCGCUUCAAGAAACUCCCCAAGGAUACCACCAAAUCCGACAUGCCCCAGCGACUAGACAAGACGGCCAACGUGCUAGAGGGGCUACCGGAUCAGUUUGGUGACUUGGCUGGUGCAUUUUAUGAUCUUGAUCCUGAGGAGAUUGAUAGACUUAUGGAGGAGUGCUUUAACAGUGCUGCUGGGGUUGGUGAGGUUCUUAAGUUGGGAUGGCAGGGUGAAAAGGAUGAGUUUACGGAGUGGAUAGAAAAGUUUCAGAUUGAAGUAAAGAAGACAUGA